UAGCUAUUCUCUAGCUCAAGCUGAAUGAGUAAUGGAGCCGGUAACUGAUACAGAGUUUUUGUCUCAACGCCUGAAAGGAUACGAAGAAUUCAGCGAUUACUGUACAGGGUAUUGUGUUACACACGUGGAUGAGUUUAUUGCUGAUUUCAUGCUUGCCACGGACACAUAUUUCAUACGAGAAUCUUUCCAUCAACGUGGAACAUCAAAAAGACUCAAAAAGGAUGAACCAACAUGUCGAACUCUAAGAUUGCAGCAUGAGUGUGGACUUGUCCCGAUUUCUUUCACUGGAUUUCUUUUUCAAAUUAUUGGAAACCAAACUUGGAAUUGCAAUGUUGUGAACCCCCAGAAAAAAAAGACAAGAAAGCGAAAAAAGGGAUCUUCGGGAGUGUGUACUGCUACUAUACAGGUGCGCACUGUAAGAGCUUACCCAGAACACACAUUGGAUUUCAAGUUAAAGAAUUGUAAAGACAGCAUUGCUGCAGUGAAGUCUCAGUUAAUGGUAGAUCUAACAAGAGGAAAAGAGGUGGAAACAAAAAUUAUUCAUUUCUGUCGAUUUUCAUUAUCUGCCGCUCACAAAGAUCAUAUAACUCAACCGUCAUCCGUAAGAAUUGACUCAAGAGUUUUGGCCAAAAUAAAAGUUUUGGCAAAUUCUGGUUUUCAUGAUGCGAAUGAAAUGUCACUUGUUAUAUCCGAUUAUGUCCUCAACACUCUGUUUGCUGGUAGUGAAGACAGUGAAAAACCAACCCCAGAAAACAAAAGAUAUUUUCCUCCUAAAAAGUUAUUACAAAGACACAUUGGUUCAUCUGUUGGGAGAGUAAAACAACUACCAGGUUAUGUAAAUCCGCUUGCUAGAAAGGAAACCAAGUCACUUGACAACCCAGUUGUUCACGAUAUUUCAGAAAUCUGUAACAGCAGUCCCGUUAAAAGGACACAUAGUGCGAUUGGAGUGGGUAUGAUAGCCAUUCAUUUAGGUGCUGGUUUCCACUCAAGAGAAAGGUGGCCAUUAUAUAAACAACUUUGCGAACAAACAUGCACAAAAGUCAAUAAAAAGUUGAAAGAUGGAAUAACAGCGGGGGAAGCUGUUGCACUUGCUGUUAAGUUGUUAGAAGACAGUCAACUCACAAAUGCUGGUUUUGGGUCAAACUUAACAGAGGAUGGUCGUGUAGAAUGUGAUGCUAGUGUUAUGGAUGCUUCUAUGCUAACAUCUAAUGCUGGCAGUGUAACUUACGGUGCUGUUUCUUGUGUUGGUGAGAUAAAGAACCCAGUAAUGGCCGCUUAUGAACUUGCUAACCAACAAGCUAAAGGAUCACGUUUGUCCUUAGGAAGAAUCCCACCCUGUUCACUGUCAGGGCAAGGGGCAGAAAAAUGGGCUCGUGCUCAUGGUGUUGAAAUGUGUGAUGAGAAAAACUUAAUAUCAGAGUCAGCUUACAAAACUUGGCAAAAAUAUCAGCGGCGAUUACUGGAGCAUAUUCUGCGUGGGUCAAAAACAAGGAAUAAACAACAGGAUAACAGGGAAGAACAUGAGGUUUUUGAUGCCGCUUCAAGGUUGGACACUGUUGGUGCUGUUGCCCUCGAUAUUCAUGGUAAAGUUGCCUCUGCUGCCUCAAGUGGUGGUUUAUUAAUGAAGCUUUCGGGCAGAGUGGGACAGGCUGCUACCUAUGGGUGUGGCUGCUGGGCUGAAAAUGGAAGUAUCGCAAAACCUUCUGUUGCUGUGUGUACCACAGGUUGUGGGGAACAGUUGGUGUAUGCGAUGGCUGCAAAGAAAUGUGCUGAUAAUUUAAUGACUGAUGACCAACCAUACACUGCUGUGCAAAACACACUACUAAACGACGUUCUACAAACGCCAUUUCUUAAUUCCGACUGUGAAAAACAGGCUGGAAUUUUAGCUUUACAUGAAGUGAAUGAUGGAUUAGAGAGCGCAAUUGAAGUUGUAUGGGGUCAUACUACAAGCAGCAUGAUCAUUGGGCAUAUGUCAACUAAGGAUAAAGUGCCAGAGGUUGUUGUGUCAAGACUUCCAUCAAGUGCUGUAGCUGGAAAGUCAGUUAGCGUCAGUGGGACUUGGAUAAAGGUUUUAGGUGAAGACACUCAACCGAAAAAAUCUCCAGAUAUAAUAGCUGAGAUAGGUAUAAUGCAAAUGGAUGGAAAUUCUGAUUCUGUGUUUGAUGAAGAAGAUCUAGACCCCUUGUAUAUUGCAAGCAAAGAUGGGGGGUUGGAUGAAACGGAUUGUUCAGUAACUUUGUCAGCUGCAUUCAAUAGAAAAGAGAUUCCGGAGUUUGAAAAAACAAUAGAAGAAAGAUGGAAGUUGAGAAAAGAGAAGAAUCCUAGGUUGUUCAAUGGUCAGAAAUUCCGAGUUCAUUCAGUCGAAGAGAAAAACGGAAAGCUUAAUUUUAACCUUGGAAUCACUUGUUAUAGAGAUUACAUGGAGACUAACUGGGCACCUGAGGUUAAGUAUUUGCAAGAAAAAGGAACUGCUAACCAUUUCAACUCACAGGCGUAUCUUUCUGAGCCCCUCGGAGUUGCUGCAAUAAUUGCCACAUCAGAUGAUCAGGUGAUCUUUCAGCAACGCAACCAUUGGUUGGCUGAGGGGGCGGGCCAGAUGGAUGUUCCUGGUGGCCACCCUGAACCAAGUGAAGCUUACAAGGAAAACGUUGAAGGCCCCAUACCUAUCGAUUCUCUUUUCGAUGUUAAUGUCCUUAAAGAAAUUUUUGAAUCAAUACAAAAAGAAGUUCGGGAUGAGGUGAACAUCCCACUAUCUGAUUUAGAAAAACCGAAACUGUUGGGUUUGGUUCGGAACAGAUUAAGUGGAGGAAGGGCUGUUGCCUAUUUUUAUAUCAAGUGCAAUUUAACCAGUUCUGCUGUUCGAAGUUUGUAUUCAAAGGGUGGGGCAGAGACAGAUGAAUCUACUUUGUUAACAUUCCUACCAGAAAAAGUUGUUGUUUGUUUACCACAAGCUGAUCCCCAUUUCUGGUCCCAACUUUGCCCAGGAGGCAGAGCGGCAUGCUUGAUGAUAAGUAAUUGCCCUAAAAGUGCAACUUGAUGUUAGAAAGAUGGUGGCAACCUGCUAUACACAAAAUCAUGUAUUACCUACACUAUAAAUUGGGUGUCCUGUUUUAUGGCCAACAAGAACCACUGCUCCUAUUAUCUGCAUAUGUUUGUUUUAUUUUGCAAAGAGAAAAUGUUUCAGUGUACUGUUUGUUCAGAUGUGUAUAUUUGCGAAACUUUUACAAUAAUUCUUUCUAUUUUAACGCUUUGUUGUCCAUUUUUGUUCAGGGCAUUCCGCAUUUACAACAAGAUGACCUCGUAUUUUG